GGCACAGAAACGACCCUUGAUAAACCGGAAGCGAUCGCCAUUCAUAUCUACGACAUUUAUUCUAUAUACAUAUACAUAUAUAUCAGUGUACAUUUUUAUUGUAUGUCAAUUUUUUAUUGGAAUCAAAUUAAUUCAAUCUCAAAAAUCCCAGGUGAUUUAAAUUCAUGUUGUGUUUUCUGUGUGUUGAAAUAAUAAUUUCGAAAAUAUAAUUUAAAGUUUUACAUCAUGUAAAUAUUUAACAAACAUUGAAAAGUGAAUCUUUUUUAUUAAAAAAAAAAAAAACGAAUAAUAAAAACUAAUGUUGUGAUAAAGCUAACGCUGCAUUUGUUCAAUGUUUUCCAUUGGUUUUCAAAAAUCAUUUUAAUUUUACCUGUGAGUGUUAUUUUUUUUUUGAGAUGAGACUACGCCAGCCAAAAUGCAAGUACUGGUAUAUACGUUGUGUAUAAAAAUAAAAAAAUGAAUCAAUGAAUUAUUCACUACACAUACACGUUGGUCAGUACUUGGAAUUUGUUUCCGUGACAUACCCGAUGACAUAAUGUUUGAGAAUAAAUUAAUACUCGAAUAUAAAUGCAUGAGGUGAAAUCGUGACAAGUGAAGUCCACACAAAUCAUUAAAAAGAUUUCUGAUGGCUUUUGAAGUGUUUUUAAUAAAAAUUAAAAUUGAUGAAAUAAUUGAGGAUGAAAAUAUGCGAGCUCAAUGAGACAUUCAACGCGCAAUUAGCGAGUCUGGAUAUUACAAAAAAAAAAAAAAAUUAAAUAAAACACGUUAAAAUUUUGAAUAAAUAAUAAAAAAAAAAAUUAAAUAGUUUGUAGAAUAAAUAUUUAAAGUAAAAAAAAAGUAUAUAAUUCCAAAUUUAUUCAAGUGAAUUUUUAUUUUUUACUCUUUUGUUUGUGGUUGAAAAAAGAAAAAAUGUCAGAAGCUGAAACAAAACUACCACCAUCAGCUUCACCAACAGUUCCUUUAAUGGUGACAAUACAGCCUCCAGUUGCAAGUAGAAUUCUACGGUCACCAAGUCACGAGAGCGUCGCAACAGAUUUAUCAUUAUUCAGUGUUUCAUCAAUAGCAAGUGAUGUCAAAGGAUUAAAUCGGCUUGGUGGUUUCAAAACAUUUAGUGAAGUACAAUUAACAACUCGUGGACCUUCACCAAAUCCGGAUACACGUGAUAAUCAAAUCAACAGCAGGCCUGCAGACAUUCCAGAAGUUUUUUGGUUCAAAGAAGAGACCGACUUGAUUCGUAGUUGUUGUGCAUUGUCAUCAGCAUUAGGUCUUCAAAAGAGUUUCAGCGCAAGUGACGUUUUUCAGUUAUCAUCACCUGAGGCAUCAUGUACACUUGGAUUACGUUCAGCAAUAUCAGAUUUAGCACUUGAUACAGCACACCGUAAUGGGUUAUUGCUUGAACAGGCAAGACUUGACAAUGCAUCAAGAUCAUGCAGUACUUGGGUUGCUGUUGGUGAUAUUGCAAGUACAUCACAGUUACCAAGUCCACAUGGUGGAAAUGCACUUCAGCCAUUGUCAACACCAACUAUUCCAUUUACUGCUGCUGAUCUCGUGAGAUCUGUUAAUAAAAAAAUUCGUCAAAACUACAUUAGAAGAAGACUACUAACAACGUAUAGAGCACUUGAAAGACUUUCUCAGAGCGAAUUCAACUUAGAUAGAUUAGAAGCAGCUGCAUCAGCUGCUCAAACUAUUAGUCCGGGUACGACACUUCUGGUACCUGGCGAAGUUCCAAAAAUAGCGGGAUCAACGGUCGUCAGACGUAAAAACAAAGAUCAUCCACUGACUGUCAGUGAUGUUGAAAGAGAACGAGGAAAACAACUUACCAAAUAUGAACGAAAUAUGAUGAUUUUUAAUUGGUUACAUAAUCUUGACGAUAAAACAGAUGAUUUUCUUGCAGAAAGUGGAGUAAAAGAUUUACAAUCGAGUAAAUAAACUAAAAAUAGUAUAUAUAUUUUUUUUUUUUCUUUUUCUCAUCAUUGUUAUCUGUUUGUUUGAUGAAAUUAAUACAUUUAGCUUGACGAAAAAAAAAAAAAGUUUCUUGUAAUAAAUUAAGAGAGAUGUUUUUUUCUGAGUAACCGUCCCAUUUAUCUAAAAAUAAAUGAAAAUAUAUUUCAAUAAUAAAACAUAUCUCUGCAAAAAAAAAAAAAACAAUUAAAAUGUUCCGGAUAUUUGUACAAAAACUGAAAAUUAAAUUAUAAUAUUAUUAAUCAAGAUAUGUAAUAAAAAAUAAAUCACAGCUCAAAAUAUGUGACUAAAAAAUAAAAUACGAUAAAUUUUAUUA